AUGGAUCCCACUCCUCUUGCAGAUACGGCGUCGGCAUCAAACUCCUUGUCGCCGCCAGGGGCUCCUCCCAGCCAGACAGGAUCUCUGGAGAGUGAAAACGGCAGAUCCUCCGUGGCCCAUCGCCCUCGGCAUACGCGCACCAGCACACCCAAAGCUAAGCCCCAUUGCAUGAACUGCCUCAAGACCCGCGGUAUCUGCGAUGGAUAUGCUGUCAAACCCCGAAAGACCAGAGGCAAAGUCCCGAGGAACCAGGAGCGACUGAACCCCGAACCGCCAUGUCGUCGGUCCAGUCCGCGCCUGCGCAUCCGGGAACCCAACAUGAACACCCUCGACUUUGAAGACGACAUGCAAAGCGUCUACUUCGACGACUGGAACGAACUAGUCCGCGUCUCACUCGGCGGCGCUCACUUCUCCAGAUCCAACCUCUGGACGACCACGAUGCCUCAGCUCACCCGCCGAAACUCAGCCCUUCGACAAGCAGCCAUGAGCAUCGGCGCCAUCAGCAGGGCACUCUCUUCGCACGGAUCUUCUUAUGUCCUUGCGAGGAACUUUGACGGCAUCGCCAACUUGUUGAAGAGCCCGCAUUAUCAGAACGCCAUAGUCUACUACUGCCAGGCUCUGCGUCUACAGGGACAGGCCGACUUCCAGACUGCCAGCAUUCAAGAGGCGGUACUCUUGUCGAUCCUCUUCGUCGCUUUUGAAGCCCUGAGAGGAAAUCGGCACUCGGCUCUUCAGCAUGUCAAGUUCGGUUUUGUGCUGUUGCAGGAGCUUCUCACCAGUGACGACUCGGAUCAUCGCAUCUGGAACCUCGCACCUGACCCAAGGCAACUCAUUACCGAAAUUCUUGAUCUGUAUAACCAUCUCGACGUACAAAGCCGUACCGUCCUCAGCGGCCACGUCAAGUCGAGUCGGUCACCGGCGUACCAACUCAUCAAAGGCCUCAAGGCGCGAGGACAUACCAUUGAGACGUACAACAUGCAGAUCCAACGCUACACUGACCCGGGAGAAGGGAGGAAAGCUAUGCCCGAGGUCUUUAACGACGCGGGGGACGCUUACUUUUGGUGGCAAACCUGUCAACGAAGAAUUGCCAAGCUUGGCCCCCUCCUACUGACUGUCAUUGACGAUUUUAAAAUCGAGGAGAUCAAUGACGAAGCAGGCAUCGACCAACUGCUCGAGAUGAUGCAGAAACAACCAGAGCUGCUAGCGUACUGCGAAAAGUCGGUCGCGAACUUGCAGCAAUGGCGGCAUGCCUUCGAGCCGCUGUACAACAAGACAUUAUCAGACACAAAGAUCGCCCGGAAAGAGUACCUCAAGAUCCUCCACCUGCGUAUGCACUACCUGGUCAUGUUCCUGUACAGCUUCUUCCCCAAAUACGCCGACGAAGCCACCAUCGCCUCCAUGACGCCAUACUGCCGCGAAAUCAACGACGUGGUAGAGAUCCUGCUCCGGGAGCAGCAACAGGACUUCAAGUCCCCGGCGCACGUCUUCUCCAUGGAGUUCGGCCUGGCGUGGCAGCUCACCGUCGUCGCCAUGACGUGCCGCGAUCCCUUGGUGAGGGACAACUCGACGCGCAUCCUCGAAGCGUAUCCCCGCAAAGAGGGACUCUGGGACAGCAAGGCUUUCUUGGCCGUGCUGAAGAAGAACCGCGAGCUGGAGGCGGAAAACGCAAAGGAAGGGACGCUGGCUGAACAGUGGAGGCGGCUUUGCAGGAGGGAGUUCAUCUUUGAGGAUGCUGGAGACACCAUCAUUUUCCGCUCGUUGAAGAAGAGGGAAGAUAAUGGCGAGUGGGAACUUGUCGAAGAGACGGCCGAGUUCAAGGGAGAGGUUGAUGGCUUAGACUGGAAGAGGAGGCCUACCCUUGAAGGCAAAUUUCGGACUUCGACUUCCAAGAUUCGCUGUGCUCGCGAGGGUAGGGCUGAGUAUAAGGACUUCAAGCCAGGGGAAGUGAUUGAUCUUAGGGAUGAAGUGACAUAUCCGGUUCUGGGCAAGGGCUUGAUGCUAAUUGCCGGGGCGGAGUUGUGCAAAGCCGGCGCUGCUGGCGGUAAUAUUGGAAAAGCUAUCGUAAAAGAACUCCUCAAGACGGCGAAGCAAACAGUGGCCGCCAUCAAGCGCACUGACAGCAGCAACACUUUGCCUGACGAUCUGCACAAAGCCUUCAUCAACUAUGAGGAUGAGAAGUUCAUCGUCGCAGCUCUGAAGGUCAUCACGGAGAAUAUCGCCGAUGGUCAGAAAGCCGGCCUGACGUUGAUUACGCUGAUGAACGGAUUUUGGUACGAGUACAGCCUGGAGGCAGGUCCCAACAUAUUCGAGGUCGACUUGAAGAACCGUACCGUUACUAGAGUGACAGGAAUAAGCGACGGAGAUCGGAAGACCGAGUUCGAGAUCCUUGGGGAGAGAUACACUGACAGCCUCGAGGAAUUGAGGCAAGGCAAAGAAGAGAGCUUCUACAAGAUGAUGUACGUCCUCGUGUUUCAGCCGACUGACGAUGCGGACUUUAAGUCUGACAACGAGCUUCUCAAGCUUCCUGUCGAGGAUUUGAAUGAGGCUAUGUGGAUGACGCUUUUAAAGUAUGUCGACAGCAUACUGAAUCCUUAG